AUUUACCAAGUGUAGCGCACAUAAUGACUUGAAAUACGCUCGCGCUGCCAACCUCAAUAAUAGCGCAUUCUCUUUUCUUCUUGAGCUUGGGUGACACUGCUUGUCAUUGGCUGCAGUGCAAUCUAUCCAAAAAUAGGAGGAUUUUUAAGAUUCGUUCGGGUCCUAAUGGAAUGAUACGAAGGGAUGCGGUGUUGCGUGUGGCGGAAAAUAUUGCAAGACUACUAAAGGAUGCCUGUUUGGCAGCGUAUGUUUUGGACACACACGUGUGCCUGAAGUGAGGAAGGUUGAUGCUGUAUCUACAGUCUCGUGUCUGAUGAGUUUGACGUUAUUUUAACGUGACCGUUUUCUGCAAAGUUUGACAGCCUGGACUAUCGACGAGCAAUAUGAAUGUGUUGGUUGGUUUUGUUUUCUCAACUUUUUGGUUUUGGGAAGCGUCGCUCUCUCGGAGCGUUUACACCAAUCACUGGGCUGUCCGGAUCCCAGGAGGAUCAGAAGAAGCUGAUAAUCUCGCAUCAAAAUAUGGCUUUACUAAUUUGGGUCAGAUCGGGGGACUGGAGCACCAUUACCAUUUUCAUCACAGCAGAGUGGUCCGCAGAUCCACCUUCACGACCAGGGGAGCUCACAGCUUCAUUCACAUGGACCCGAAAGUUGAUUGGGCGCAGCAGCAGGUGGUAAAGUCACGAGUAAAGCGGCACGCCAGGAGUGAUCCUAACUUCAUUCACUUCAAUGAUCCCAAAUGGUCCAGCAUGUGGUAUAUUCACUGUAAUGAUAAAAACAGCCGCUGUCGUUCAGAAAUGAACAUCCUCGCCGCCUGGCAGAGAGGCUACACGGGUCGAAAUGUGGUCAUCACUAUUUUAGACGACGGUAUUGAGAGGAACCAUCCAGAUCUGGCUCAGAAUUAUGAUCAGCUUGCUAGCUACGAUGUUAAUGGCAAUGACUAUGACCCAACCCCACGAUACGAUUCUAGCAACGAAAACAAGCAUGGGACACGAUGUGCAGGGGAAGUUGCAGCUGCAGCCAACAACUCGCAUUGCAUUGUGGGUAUCGCCUACAAUGCACGCAUAGGAGGUGUUCGAAUGCUUGAUGGAGACGUGACAGAUUUAGUGGAGGCCAAGUCCCUGGGAAUAAAGCCAGACUACAUUGACAUUUACAGUGCCAGCUGGGGCCCCGACGAUGACGGGAAAACUGUGGAUGGGCCAGGAGCUCUAGCCAAACAGGCCUUUGAACUGGGAAUUAAAAAGGGCCGUAAGGGACUGGGUUCCAUCUUCGUUUGGGCAUCUGGUAAUGGGGGCAGGCAGGGGGAUCACUGUUCCUGUGACGGUUACACCAAUAGCAUCUACACCAUCUCUGUCAGCAGCACUACUGAAAAUGGCAACAAACCCUGGUAUUUGGAAGUCUGCUCCUCCACCCUUGCCACCACGUACAGCAGUGGAGAGUUUUACGACCGCAAAAUAGUGACUACAGAUCUGCGUCAGAGGUGUACUGAGGGUCACACAGGCACGUCCGUAUCUGCACCGAUGGUGGCAGGAGUCAUCGCUCUUGCUCUAGAGGCAAAUCCUCUGAUAACCUGGAGGGAUGUCCAGCAUCUCCUAGUCAAGACAUCAAGGCAGGCUCACCUGAAGGCUAGUGACUGGAAAACCAACGCGGCUGGAUACAAAGUGAGCCAUCUGUAUGGCUUCGGUUUGGUGGAUGCAGAGGCCAUGGUGGUGGAAGCCAAGAGGUGGAGAAAUGUUCCUUCCCAGCACACGUGCACCAAGACCUCAGACCGCAGAACCCGGUACAUCAGAGCAGAUCAGAAGCUUAACACCAGCAUCACAAGCACAGGCUGCAGUGAACAGUCUGAUCAGCACGUGGUGUUCCUGGAGCAUGUGGUGGUGCGAGUGCUUAUCGUUCACCCUCGCAGAGGAGACCUGGAGAUCAACCUCAUCUCACCGUCUGGAACACGAUCACAACUGCUUGCUCAGAGAUUGUUUGACAACUCCAAUGAGGGCUUUAGGAACUGGGAGUUCAUGACGGUGCAUUGUUGGGGGGAAAGAGCGGAGGGCACGUGGACCCUGGAGAUAUCCGACUCACCUGCUAAGCUACGGAAUCCUGAGGUUUUGGGUAAGCUGAAGGAGUGGACAUUAAUCCUCCAUGGCACGUCUGAGCACCCCUACCAGUCUCAAAGUUCCCACCACUCUCGCUCCAGGAUGCUGGAGGUUCCCAUUGCAGGCAGAGAGAUAAAAAUUCCAGAGUCUACACCUAUCCCUGAGCCAGAAGAGGAAGAAGAGGAGGAGGAAUAUAAUGGUCCGUGCCAUCUUGAAUGUGGAGAUCAAGGCUGUGAUGGACCAGAUGCUGAUCACUGCCUGAACUGCAUUCACUACAGCCUUGGCAGCCUUAAGACGGGCAGGACAUGUGUUAGCCACUGUCCACUGGGUUAUUUUGAGGAUGGAAAUGCCAGGAGGUGUAGACGCUGUAGCAGAGGCUGUGAGAAAUGUGUUGGGCGAGGAACCAAUGAAUGCAGGUCCUGCAGGAGAGGCCUUUAUUUCUACUCAAAGGACAACACCUGCAUAGAGAUCUGUCCCGCCGGAUUUUAUCACGAUGAGGGUCAGAGACGAUGUCUGAAGUGCUAUGACAAUUGUUUGAAAUGCUUGAGAGAUGCAGACAAGUGUACUGCAUGUAAAAAUGGCUUCAGUCUGGCAGGGAUGACCUGUGUUCCAGAGUGUGCCAAUGGAACCUUUUUUAAUCUAGAAGAAAUGAAGUGCAGCCCUUGCCAUGUCUCCUGCUCCACCUGCACAGGGCCAGGCAUUGAGGAGUGCAUUCAGUGUGCACCUGACUUCUUACAGCAGGAGUGGCGGUGCGUGCGAACCUGUUCCCCUGGAUACUACAAGGGGGAGUCGACAGGGUACACAUAUAGGAUGUGCCGCAAAUGUGAGGAGAACUGUGUAAGUUGUCAGGGUCCUGGAACAAGUUGCACACAAUGCAAGGAUGGAUACAGCCUCGUAAGCCGGACGUGCAUUGUGAACGCCACAUGUAACAAUGCGGAUGAAGUGUUCUGUGAAAUGGUGAAAUCGAACCGAUUAUGUGAGAAGAAACUCUUUCGUCAGUUCUGCUGCAGGACAUGUUUGAUGACUGCUGGAUAAAAGAAAACACAAAAAAUUGGACUGACUUCCUGUCUCUUUGGUUGUAUUAUGUAAUGUACAUUUUAAGCUAGUCAUACUGUGAUAUUAAUGAAAAAUAAUUAUCCUCAUUUUAAAAAACCCUAUAAGAGUGCUGUGUGAUUUAAACAAGAUAUAUUUUUAAGAGUAUCUCUUUUUCAAACAUGCAGUAUAUGUAUAAAUUACUUAUUUUUAUUCAAAGGCAUCACUAAGAAACCAAUAUUAUAAUAUGAUGAUUGUGUAUGAUAAAAACCAUCUGAAGCCGUGUUCUCAGAACUAUCAUGUGUGAUUUCCAGAGAAAGUGAUUACAUGGAUGAAUGUCAUCUGAAAUUGUUGUUUCCAAACAGGAAGCAAAGGGAGGAAGCUGGAAUGUUAAGAGAUACAUUUAGUGAGACCGAUCUUUUGAGGUCAAAGAAGUAAAGAGUGAUGUAACACUAAACAUCCAGUACUGUACAUUUUGAAGUGUGUUUCUAAUGAUUGCUGUAUAAUUUGAAGGUUGAACAAGUCCGUCAGUGGUCUCUCAUAUAAAAACCUCACUUUCUUUGUCA